GUAACAUAGCGCGGUUACUUGAGAAGUCGGUUUUCAAAUCUCGGGGACACGCUUUUCUCCCAAUAUGUCUUUGGACAUGGGGUUGUUUUCCGUUCUAGAGAAAAGUCUUUCCUUAGAAAAGUCAGAGCUUGAAGCAGCUCAGCACUUUCUUGAGGAAGCAGCCAAAGUCGACCUUUUUGGUCUCCUCAAACAACUCAGUGAUGUUUUGGUUAAUGUUGAGUGUUCGCCUCCUGUACGUAUGCAGGCUGGUAUCCAGCUGAAAAACGCCUUGUACUCUAAAGACCCGGCAUUGAAAACCCUUUAUCAACAACGUUGGUUGCAGGCCCCUUUAGAUUCUAGGCAGUACAUUAAGAAAAACUGUCUCGCUGCCUUAGGAACAGAAAUUACAACACAUAGUUCUGCUGCACAAUGUGUAGCUUAUAUCGCAUGUGCAGAAAUUCCUGCACUGCAAUGGCCAGAUUUGAUGGAGCGAUUAGUCGAAAAUGUUAUUACACCAAACAAAACUGAAUCAUGCAAGCGUUCAACAUUAGAAGCAAUAGGAUACAUAUGUCAGGAUAUAGAUCCCUGUAUUUUAGCAAGCCAGUCAAACGCUAUUUUAACUGCUAUAGUUUGCGGUAUGAAAAAAGAAGAACCAAGUGAUAGCGUUCGUCUAGCUGCAACAAAUGCUCUUCUGAAUUCCUUGGAGUUUACAAAGCACAAUUUCGAUGUUGAUAACGAGCGAAACUACAUUAUGCAAGUUGUUUGCGAAUCAACUCAAUCACCAAAUCCUCAAAUCCGUGUCGCAGCUCUUCAGUGCUUAGUAAAAAUAAUGUCUCUUUACUAUAGUUAUAUGGAGCCGUAUAUGAAGCAAGCAUUAUUUGCUAUCACAUUAGGUGCUAUGAAAGACUCUGUACCGGAAGUUGCUCUCCAAGGGAUUGAAUUCUGGUCUACAGUUUGUGAUGAAGAAAUCGACUUAGCUAUUGAUGUUACCGAAUGCUUUGAGAAAGGACAACCUCCAGCGGUUUCCAGUAUGUUUUAUGCUAAAGGUGCCUUGCAGUUUAUUGUACCAAUUUUAAUGGAAAUACUUGCUCAACAAGAUGAAUCCAUGGAUGAUGACGAAUGGAAUCCGAGUAAAGCUGCUGGUGUGUGUUUAAUGCUUCUGGCACAAUGUUGUGAAGAUCCAAUUGUCAAUCUUGUCAUACCAUUUGUAAAAGAUAAUAUUAAAAAACCUGACUGGCGUUACAGAGAUGCUGCUGUCAUGAGCUUUGGUAGUAUUCUUGAAGGUCCAGAUCCUGCAGCACUAAAGCCUCUAGUAGAGUCUGCUAUGCCUGUGAUAAUUGAAUUGUUACGUGACGAGUCACCAGCCGUCCGCGAUACAGCUGCAUGGACUAUUGGACGCGUUUGUGAAACCCUUCCAGAAGUUGCUCUACACGAAGCAUAUUUAGUCCCUUUGUUAACUGGGUUAGUUGAAGGAUUGUCUGCUGAACCAAGAGUUGCUGCCAAUGUUUGUUGGGCAUUUUCUAGUCUUGCUGAAAGUGCCUAUGAUGCCGCUUCAGAAAAUUCCGGUCAGAAUGGGGAACCAAGGACCUAUGUACUAUCUCAAUACUUUAAUGUGAUUACAGAACGCCUACUAGCAACUUCUAGUCGACCCGAUGGUGGACAGCAUAAUCUUCGUAAUGCAGCCUAUUCAGCCUUGAUGGCCUUGAUGCGAUCUGCAGCUCAAGAUUGUUACUGUGAAGUUCAACGUGUCACACUGAUUGUGCUUGAACGAUUAGAGUCAAUUAUAGGAUUGGAGCAUCAAAUUGUUUCACAUCAAGACAGAGCACAAUUUAAUGAUCUACAAUCUUUGUUAUGUGGUACUUUACAGUCUGUUUUAAGAAAGAUCAGUAAAGAGGAUGCUCCUGCAAUAUCGGACAAGGUAAUGUUGGCCCUCAUGUCUAUGUUUCGUACCACUACCACCACAUCGGUUCCCGAGGCUUCCGGUGACCAAUCGGCAAUCAAUGGUGAAACGGAUAAAACAAAAUUCAGUGAUGGUGUACAAGAAGAUGCAUUACUUGCAGUGUCUGCACUUGUUGAAGCAGUUGGUGAAUCGUUUGUCAAAUAUGUGAAUGAUUUUAUGCCUAUCUUGGUAGUUUGUUUACGUAAUCAUAGAGAAACACAAGUUUGUAUGAAUGCAGUUGGUUUGUUAGGCGAUAUGUGUCGAGUUUUAAACAAGAAUCUACUUGCACACUGUGAUGGUCUUAUCACUAUUCUAAUGGAAAUCUUGCAGGAUAUCAAUGCGCAUAAAUCACUUCGUCCUGCUAUCUUGUCUACAUUUGGUGAUUUGUCUUUGGCUUUGGGUUCAGAAUUUUGGAAAUAUCUCCCUAUUGUUUUGGAGACAUUAAGUCAAGCCACUCAAGCUGAAGUUAAUUUAGAAGAUCCUGAUAUGGUAGAAUAUCUUAAUUCAUUGCGUACUAGUUGUUUAGAAGCAUACACUGGUAUUAUUCAAGGUUUAAAAGGAGAUGGACCACAAUCAACUGCUGCUUUAGAAUUUGUUGCUGGUCAUGUCUCGCAUAUAUUAUCAUUUAUUCAACAUAUUGGCUCAGAUUCAAUUACAACGGAAGAUUUAAUCUCGGCUUCAUGUGGAUUAAUUGGUGAUCUUGUCUCCGCUUAUGGUGUUAGUAUUUUAUCACUUGUGGAAGUUGACGGAAUUGCUUCGGUUUUACAAAAAGGCAGACGUGCUAAAGCAUCACGUACUAAAAAUUUAGCAGUUUGGGCUACAAAAGAAAUUCGUAAAUUAAAAAAUACCGCCAAUAAUUCAUCAACAUCCGCUAAUACAACUACUGUGUCCAAUUCCAAUUUGUCACAUACAACAGCUACAACUGUUCAAGCUUCACCAUCAGGAUAAAUAUAUUCUGACGCUUCAGAUUACUUUUCCAUUUCUAACAAGAGAUAAAGAGAGAACACACCUUCCUUAAUAUAAAUAAAUUUGUACAUUCUUCCAAUAUGAAAAUCCACUAUCUUUCGAAUUCUCCUUUUCUCUUAUUGUUAUAUGCUUCUUCCAGUCACUCACUCACUCGCACACACACACACACAACACACAUACGCAAAGAGUCUCCCCCCUCUAGUUCGGUCUUUUAUAAUUAUCAUUAACAAAAAAAUAUAUCUAUAUAAAUAUAUGAUAAUAAUAAUAAUAAUAACUAAAGUUGG